AUGGAAAGCAUUUUUAAUAAAUAUGAUGAUCAUAUUAUUCAAUCACAAUAUGAAACAUAUAAAGCAACAUCAGAAACAAAUUUUAAUAGGGAUGGUGGUGUAAUAACUUUCGAAAUAAAAGGUUCUGAUAGCUUUCUCAAUAUUAAACGUGUAAAAUAUAUUAUUAGUGGAAAAUACUUAAAACAAGAUAUUACUGAAUAUGAAGCUAAAAGUAAUGCACAAUUGGACAAUUAUUUUGUUUCAUUUUAUUAUCUCAAAUUGAUGUAACAAAAAAUGAAACAUUAAUAGAUCAAAUUGAAAUAUUGGUAGAGCAAGUAUAAUCAAAGGAUGUGUUAGUUUUUCAAUAGAUCAGAAUGGUCCAAUAAUUAAUUCAGGAUUUCAAUCAAGAUUUAAAGGCAGUAGUAGAUUUGAAGCUGUUGGGAAUUUAUCUAAUUUAUGUUUAGGUUUCUUUAAAGAUAUUCAACAUCCAGUUUUCAAAAGAGGAAUUAAGAUAAAUUUUAAGAGAGCAAAAAAUGAUGAUGCAUUGUACAGAUGAGCUUUUACAACCGCAGCAAUACCAGCUGUUGGAAAAGUUAUUAUUGAGGAUUUUCAGAUUACGAUUCCACUAGUGGAAUAUCAAGAAAUGAUUAAGAUACAAUUAAUAAAUGAAUUAACAAAAUUAUCUCAAUGGCAUAAUUAUAGGUUAAAUUUUAAAUCUUGGCAAUGUAUGGAUUAAAUCAACUUAAGUGAUAAAACAUUCAAGAGAAAUAUUGCAAGUACAAAUAGAAACAUUCAUAAUCCAUUAUUUGUAAUUGUUGCUUUCCAAACAAAUGGACUAAAAGCACAAUUAAAAAAAGCUACUUUUUGAUCACUGUAAUGUAAAAAAUAUUUGGCUAGAAAUUGAUGGACAGAGAUAUCCACAAGAAUCAUUAAAUUUAGACACAGCUAUUAAUAUUAAUGCUAUUAUCUCGAGUAUUGUCUAGAGUAAAAAUUAAUUUUUAUAGUGUUUGGGUUCUUUUAGCUAUUGCUAUUAUAUUCUGAUUUGAAUUCAACACACUUGCUUGUCCUUUUUCAAAAAAAAAUUUAAAACCAAGUUCUUCAACUUUACCAACAGACAACAAAAUAUAUCUUAAAUGUGGAACAUAAUAUACAUUUUUAAAUUUACAUAAAAUAGUCUUACUUUCUACUUGACUGUAUGUAUUUAUUGUACCUAUUUUUGUUGCGGUUAGAUUUUCUCCAUUUUUAGCGACACCUAUGAUCAUUGGAUUUUCUAGUACUUUCAGAAAUGAAAAAUAUCUCUCGCUGUGUACUAAAUGAUCGAAACUGCUCGAAUCAAGAUACCAUGUUAUUUCGUUUAAUUCUUCAUUUUGUUGUGUUAGCAACGUGGUUACUGAGAAACACACACUUCCGUCAUCAUUCUCCGAAACAUUGUUAGCUAUUGGUUUUUGUUUAUACAAUUCUUCGGAUCUGUUCUUUCCUUUAUAAAACGUUUUCCUUUUAAGCUUACAUUCAGCUGAUUUAUGUUCAAUUCUAUCACAAUAAUAACUUUUAAAAGAAAAUUUGCCAGUAUUCUUUACAUUAAACGCUGCACUAUCAGAGGAAGACUCUUCAUUUAUAGUACUAAUACUUUUCUUUGCUUCAAAAUAUACAACGUAGUAUGGAAGAUGUAAAAAAAUUUAGUGAUAAGUAUAUAAUUAAUAUUAAUAAUGAAAUUGUAACUAUGGCUGAUCGUUUUAAUUUAACUGUUUGUUGAUCUAUCACUUUUAUCUCCAAAUAAUUUUACUUUUAAUAAUGUACCAGAAAAUGCAUUUUUAACAUUGGCUAAAAAAUUAAAACCAUUUUUAUAUCGUGAUGAUGAAGAAAAUCUUGAAGAAAAAAGAAUUGAACUCUUAGAGCAACUAUUUAAUUUCAGUAAAUUGUGGAAUUAUUUGAAAAAUUCCUUAGAAGAUGAAUAUCAUGUUCAUAAUAUAUCAAAUAAUAUGAAUGAUGAAGAUGAAAAUCAAGAAGAGGAAGACUUAGAAAACCAAUUAAAACCUUGCAACACUACUUGUAAAAAUUGUGCCAUUUGUUGUUACAAAUUAUAG